AUGAAGAGAUUGUGGGCUAAGUAUCGACAAUCUCGAGAUGAAGAUCUUGAAGAGUUGUGUAUGACUAAUGCUCUUGUGGUAGCAGCAGCCGCUGAAGCUGAAGCUUCCUCCGGAUCACGACGACGGGGUUCUCAACAGGGGCGUGCACAGAAUGAGAAGCGAUUUAGGGAAUCAAGAGGGAAAAACAUGACAGAAGAUUACUUUGUGGAGCGUCCAGUUUUCAGUGAAGAGGUAUUCCGGACACGGUACAGGAUGAGUCACAAUGUUUUCAACCGCAUCUCCACUGACCUUUAUCGCUAUGACCCGUACUUUGUCCAUAAAUCAGAUGCUGCAAAGAAAGUCGGACUACUUCCCCAGCAGAAGCUGACAUGUUCCUUAAGAAUGCUUGCUUAUGGUGCCGGGGCAGAUCAAUGCGCUGAGUAUUGUCGGAUGGGGAAAUCUACCGCCAUUGAGGCUCUGAAACGAUUUACAAGAUGA